GACACCUACAAUCAUUUUCAAACUAAGCUUUAAAUGGUAGAAGAUGAACUUGAAUCUUUGAUGAAGACACAGAUACAUAUGAAAAUUACUUCUCCGGCCUUAAAUGUUUGUCUAAGUUGAAAAUAAUGCGAUGAUGGAUGUGGAUUUAUUGAGACCAGGCACUGUGCCUAUAUCUCCUGAUACGAUUCUUUGGUUUGAAUUUUUAUUAAAUCCAUCUUUAUUACAACAACAUUUAUCCAAACCUUCUCCCGAUCCUUCAGCGACGGAUUUAAUUAUCAAGUUUAUGACAAUAAAUUCAGAACAAAAGGAAAAUGAAGUGAAAAUUGUUGAUACAGAAAUGAAUGAUACAAAACCUAACACCGCAGUUAAAUGGAGUCACAGAAAUCUUGCUUUGAAAAUUCUUUCUUUGAAAGUAGCAGCUCAUUUAAAAUGGGAUUUGGAUAUAUUAGAAAAAAAAUUACCAUUACCAAUACAGUUAACGCUACUUCAAGACCUUCUUUAUAUAACAUCAGAUUUAACAGUUGAAAUACCAACUAUACCUGAAUUUGUAAUGCAUCCAAUUUCUGAUCAACUUCUAUUUACGAUUGUUUUAUACCAUAGAUGGCAUAUAAGAGCAAUUCUUUAUAGAGCCUUAAAUAACAAACAGUCAAAGCAACAAUUUCUUCAUAUUCCAGGUAUACAAGAAUCAACCUAUGUACCACCUGGAGUAGUAGAUGACAUAAUUAGAAAAUUAGAAACUCAAGUGUCUAAUAGUAUAACCGUUCUAAAUAAUGUUCUUGAAAGUAAAGAUAUAAAUCCAAAAAUGUUAUCCUUUGAUACUUUCCAAAUGCUAUCUGAAGAUAGCACAGAGAUUAAACAAAAUUGGGAGAAUAUGUAUUCUAUAAAUUUAGAAGAAUUUAAAUGCCAGAUACAUUACGAUCUGGCAAGAUUUCAUUUGUUAAAAGAAGAAUACCAGGAAGCAAAGCGUCAUAUUAUACAAGCCAAAGAAUUAUUUUACAAUUUCGAUAAUUCAGAAGGAAGGUUAUAUUGUAAAGUUCAAAAAGAAUAUUUAGAUGGUUGUUCCUUAGCAUGCGAAGUACCUAUAGAAGGAGUUACUUCCAGUCUUACCCAACAAUUGCAAGCAUCAAUUAAAGAUCAAUAUACUAAUAUAUUGCAAAUUUUACAAACAGAUAACAUUACAAGAGAAAUUCCUCAAGUUUAUAGAGAUAAUUUGGAACUUGAUGUGCAAGGAGGAUCUGUUAAUAGAAAAAUUGUAGUAGCUCGCGAUCUUUUGCUCCAAAUUCAAUGUUUAAAUUUAGUUAGAAAAAUUGUAGAUGGUAGUAUAAUUCUUGGUGAUUAUAUAACAGAAAUACAAGCAGCUGGAAGCAAAGGAAUGGAUAUAUUUCUUUCGGCUCUUGGAAAUGUUUUGGAACAAGCUACUGAUACAGACAAAAAACGUAUUUCUCGCUAUCUUCUUUAUUUCGUACAUACCACUAAUAUUUAUAGGUUUGCUUCUAAAAUACUCAGUGAUCCAUUGUAUAUGGCAUUAUUUAACGAGGAAGAAUUAGAAGAAAUCAGAAAAUCAGCCACUGUUGAAGAACUUGAAAUACCAGAUUUAUUAUUGAAAAAUGAUUGGGGUAUUCCGCUAAUAACAUAUACUCAAAGCUCAAGGAUAGAAAUAUUUGAAUUAGAACAAAGAUUAAUACAGUCAUAUGAUACUAAUGAAAUUCACGAAAUAUUGAUACAUUUAGAUGGUAAACAUCGAAUGAAACCAUUAUGGAAUGUAAAUAGUUGUUGGGAACUACCUAUACCAUUACAAAGUGUUGUAAUGUCUCUUCCCAGAGGAUUCCUUCAAGAUUAUUCAUAUGUAUUGUUAGCAAAAAGUAGGGAAUUAGUAAUGUCUAAAGAUUUUGAAGGGGCAAUUGAGAUAUUAAAUGUAUUAGAGAAAGAAGUACAGCAACAUUCACAAAGUGGAAACACAUUAAUAUUUAAAUUGUGUAAAUUAGUAAACUGGGAAUGCCUUCUUGUAGAAAUUUGGAGAUGUCUUCACUUAUGGCCGGCAACGGGUAUAUGUGAUACGCAAACUUUAGUCACAAGAUGUAAACAAUGUCUUGGAGCAUUACAAGCAACAGAUCAAGUUAUACCAAGACAAGAAAUUAUUGAAUAUUGCACUGUUUUUCUCUUAAAUAUGACUGAGUGGGAUUAUUUAACAAGUUUAGAGAAACGUUGGAGUUACUCAGAGUUUGCAGCAGCCAUCAGUAGCGUUUGUCAAGAUAUUGUUAAAUACAAAGGUGGAAGGAAAUUUCCAAGAGAAGCAUGGGAUAUGGUAUUGACUGCCUUUGGACCGAGUAGAGAUCAACCACAGAAACGAAGCAACAGUGGUAAUAGUGGAACAAGUACUGGUAGUGCUUCAAGAGAUGUUAUUGCUAGCAUUGGAGGAACACUUAAUAGAUUACGCGAACCUAUGGUUCUUACUGUUGUUAUUUCAUUAUUAGCACGUUUGCGAAAUGUUUUACGUGAUGAAUCUGGUCUUGAAUUACAUACACAAUAUCUUCCUCUUUGGCCUGCUGGUGUACCAAACGCUAAUUCCUAUAAUAUUAGAAGUAUUGGAGAAUUGCUGUUUCAAUUACUAACACAAGCUUUGAAAUAUUAUCCAAGUAAUGUUCCUUGGUUGAGAUUGAUGGGAGAUCUUAAUUUUGUUUUAGGAUACUAUGAAAGUGCAAUAAAAUAUUAUUUAGAAGCUAUUAUGGUAGCCAGUGAUUUGUUCAGUCAACCAGUACCAAGAUCACAGAUUGAUGAUCUCGUUUAUAGGCGUAUGAUUAAAUGUUGUGCUCAUUUACAAUGUUAUACCCAGGCUGCUGUAUUGUGUCAAUUUUUGGAGGAAGUAGAUUAUACUUUAGCUUUUAAAAUGGCAGCCAGCGAUCAAAAAAGUUGCGCACCAGCAGACGCUAUGGACGCGUACUAUCAUUGUAUUUGGGAUACUACAAUACUUGAGUAUCUCAUUCAUUUACAUACAAAACGUGGUGAACAUCAUAGAAAACAAUUAGCGAUUAAGGUAAUUGGUUUAUUGGAAUUGAAUUCUAAUAAUAAUGAAGAAAUACAAAGGGAAGCAGCGAACAUUCGGAAAGCGAAAUUUUUAAGAGCAUUAGCAAAACAGUAUGUUUAUUGUUGCUAUAAAACGGAAGCUAUAAAAAAUUCAUACAUACAGUUUACAUAUUACAGUAUUUUUAACAUGGACGAUGAAGAAGGAUCAUCAAGUUCUGGACCCAUGUCUUCAUUGAACAGUUUGUUUUCAUUUACUAGUCCUGCUGUAAAAAAGUUACUUGGUUGGAAACAGGGUGAUGAAGAAGAAAAAUGGGCAGAAAAAGCAGUUGAUUCAUUAGUAAAAAAAUUAAAAAAACGGAAGGGUGCAAUAGAAGAAUUAGAACGUGCUUUGAGCUGUCCAGGCACACCUAGUAAAUGUGUAACAAUUCCAAGAAGUUUAGAUGGUAGAUUACAAGUUUCACAUCGUAAAGGUUUGCCACAUGUAAUUUAUUGUAGAGUAUGGAGAUGGCCAGAUUUGCAGUCACAUCAUGAAUUAAAACCAUUAGAGUUAUGUCAGUACCCUUUUUCUGCUAAACAAAAAGAAGUUUGCAUCAAUCCUUACCACUAUAAAAGAGUGGAGAGUCCAGUGCUCCCACCUGUAUUAGUUCCUAGACAUUCAGAAUAUGCUCCUGGACAUUCAUUGUUACCAUUUCAACAAAUAGCAGAACCAACAAUGCCACAUAAUGUGUCCUACUCCUCUAGUGGAUUUAAUGCUGGAUCUACUGGUGGUGUAAAUCCAACAUCACCUAUGUCUUCUGUUGGAUCUGUUCCCAGUCCAGGAAGCACAACAUCACCAAAUCCACAAAGUCCAUAUGGUACUAAUGGGCUACCAGAAACUCCUCCUCCAGCAUAUUCUCCACCUGAAGAUGGUUCACAACCUGGACAAUCACCACCACCUGAUCCAGUAGCAAUGGAUACAAGUGGAUCAGCUGAAGUAGCUCCAGUAUGUUAUCAGGAACCACCUUAUUGGGCCUCCAUUGCAUAUUACGAAUUAAAUUGUAGAGUGGGUGAAGUUUUUCAUUGUCAUUCUCACUCUGUUAUUGUGGAUGGUUUUACAAAUCCAAGCAACAAUUCUGAUCGCUUUUGUCUUGGACAAUUGUCCAAUGUAAAUCGUAAUUCUACUAUUGAAAAUACAAGAAGACAUAUAGGCAAAGGAGUACAUUUAUAUUAUGUAGGUGGUGAAGUUUAUGCAGAAUGUCUCUCUGACUCUGCUAUAUUUGUACAAUCUAGAAAUUGUAAUCAUCAUCAUGGAUUUCAUCCUAGUACUGUUUGUAAGAUUCCACCAGGAUGUUCAUUGAAAAUAUUUAAUAAUCAAGAGUUUGCCCAGUUACUUUCACAAAGCGUUAAUCAUGGUUUUGAAGCAGUUUAUGAAUUAACAAAGAUGUGCACUAUAAGAAUGUCAUUCGUUAAAGGAUGGGGUGCUGAGUAUCACAGACAAGAUGUUACAUCUACUCCUUGUUGGAUUGAAGCACAUUUACAUGGACCCUUACAGUGGUUAGAUAAAGUGUUAACACAAAUGGGUUCUCCUCAUAAUGCUAUAAGUUCUGUAUCAUAAUUUGUGCAUCAAAUCUAAUAGCAAAGGGAGAAAAUAGUGAACUGUAGGAAAAUCUGAUGAUUCAAGAACAGUUUUUAAUAUUAUCAUAUAAUAUUUUAACUAGUUAUUGUAAGAGAUUUAUGAAAGUAUCAGAGAAAGUGGUAAAUGAAAAACUGCCUAACGAGAUUUUUCUCAUGUGAGUAAACUGAAGCUAAUAUGAUUAUGAAAAUAAAGGGUUACGAAAGUUCAUAAUUAUUGAAAGUGAUCCUUAUUAAAGAAAUUUCGGAGAUUACAGUGUACACGUAAAAGCUGUACAAUUUUUUGGCUGUUAAAUAGGAGAAGAAUUAUAGCAGAAAAAAUAUGUGUUAUAUAUGAAGAAUCAUAUUUUUCAAAUAUAUUCAAUUACACUUAUAUAUAAUACGUUAUUUUAUAUGGAAAAUUGUUACAAAAAUAUGUCCUAAUGCUAUAUCACGAAUGCUUCAUUAAAUUGUUUCGAGACUUAUACUGAAAUCUACAUAUGCGUAGUUAAAGAGCAAAUCAACUGUAAUUAAACAAAAGACGAUUACUGAAUAAUAAUAUACGAGAAUGAUUCAGAAUUACAUCAAAUAACAUUUUAACAUUUAUAGUUUUGAAUACAAUAUGCAUGCUCCUGAAGCAUUUGAUUUAUGCCUAAACAAGUCUUAGAAUAUUUAAAUUUAUUACUAUUAAGAUUAUAAUCUAAGUGUAAUUAAUUUCAAUUUUACUAAUUGUAAUACAAUUAAUAUUUUAAUAUAAACAUCAGAUGCUGAUCUCACGUUAACAUUUGAAAGUUAACUGUAUCUGAUGACAUAUUGGAAUAUUAACUUUGAUAAUGCAUAUAAAAAUAUUUUUUGCGCAACGUUUCCUAAUAUUCGCGAAAUGUAAGCCUUUGGAUGUAGCCUUAUAAGAAAUUAAUGUGACAACUAACAUAAAGUCAUCUACUUAUUACUUGUCGAAUUGAGAGUAAUAUAAGACUUAUGUGUUAGCUUUGCACUUUUCAGAAGUGUUUACAAAUUUCAGGCUUUGACAGAAGUUUAUGUACAUAUAAAAAAUACAAUAUUAUAUGCAAUUCAAAUAAUUGGCAUUACAUUUGAUACAAACCAUAUGAAAAUUCUGUGAAUUGAAUUCUGAAAAGUGCCAAAAGUGUAUGUAUAUAAUGCCUUUCAUUUAAAUCAUGUCGAAAACUAUUUUUGUUGAUCAUUAAUAGGGAACUUAAGCCAAUGGAGAAAGAUUUACCUAGAAAAUAUUCGGUUACAAAAGAUAUUGCUUGUUUUAUAUAUUUUACUGAAUAACAUGCAAAUUUUAUAAGAACAUUAUAAUAGUGAGCAUAAGAAUUAUAUAUCACAUACACAUUCAAUAAUGAGCUGGGAAGGUCAUAUGAAUACUUAGUUGAGAUUAAAUAAAAUUAAAUCAAUGGAAAGUGUUAUGCAUUGAAAUUUCAUUACAAUCAACGCUCAUGUCUGUGUCUUUACAUAUUUAUAACAGAACAUUAGCUUCAUGAUGUAGACGUUUAUUAUAUACAUCGAUUCUCAUCUUAAUUUUACAUUAAGGUACGCAGGUAUUACUGAAGAAGCAUAAAUCUCAACUUAAUGUUACUAUUGGAAAUAUCUAUAAUGUAUAUUCGAAUGAUCUUCUGGCUUGCUGAUAAACUUACGAUUAUAAUUCAAAUUAUUUUUAUGUAUAUCUUACGAAUAUUUCAAUUGUAAGUGAAUGAAGAAAGUAUACGGAUCAUAUAACUUUAACGGAGAGUACUUGAGAACUGGAACAGAAGUCACUGCCGCUUGCUGUUACUUAUUUGUCGAUGUACCUAGCUGUGAUUGUUUGCUACCAAAUUUAGCAAAUUACGUAUGGGUGAUCAACGAUGGUAAAAGUAUUUGCUUUAUUGAAUCAAUGAAGAUGAAGAUAUGUAUUUGAAUUUAAAAGCAUAAUCGUACAAGGAAAUAUGACAAUAACGCUUAAAAAAAAAAUAUGACGAAUAAAAAUAUUCAAUCAAAGGAACAUUUAUCGUACCACGUACCGUUUUUUCGUGAUCACCUGUAAUACCUAUUUAGUUGAAAAAAAGAAAGAUAAUAAUAAUAAGAGAAAAGUAUUUUUCAUCGAAACGACGCUGUAAUUGGUAUAGAUAAUGUCUUAAAAUAAUGUAAACCUGUUAACAGAAAUGUGAAUUAAUGUUUUAGGUAUAUCGAGCUUGUAGCACUCGUAACGAGCAUAAUGCUUUAUCGCAAUAUGUAUGUAUGAAUAGCUAAUAUGUAAUAACUAUAUUUAGAGCUUCUAUUCUUUGUUGGUAUCGUUUUCAAUUUUUUUACUGUUAAUUGAUGCACCAUAUAUUGCAAAUCUUAUUUCCAAAUCACCUGACAUUGCUUUCUAAUUCCUAAGUUUUACAGAACUGGAUAAGAGCUUAGUGAGUAUUGCAACAACAACAUUAUUAUGCUACAAUUUAUAUACUUAAUUAUGUGCCGCCCAAGUUGUGCCUUGGAUAUCUUUUACACAAUAUAUUUCAAAUAAAUAUACAAAUAUGAAAUGAAAAUUUGCUACAAUGUGUAGUGAAACAAAUGUAUUGUUUGUCAAAUAGUGCUUAGAUAUAUUUUGAUCGUAUAUUAUGUGCAAAGUACACUGCCUAUAAUGAGAUUCCUAAAUGCAUAAAUAUAUAUUUAAAAAUACAAUAGUUUUAUAGAAAGAAUAGAUUAUCAUGAUUGGUGAUUUGGGAAAGAUUUGUAAUUAUUUUAGAUGUCAGUCAGUGUAAAUAAAUUCUUUUAGCUGUAAAAAACAUUUACAAAAUCCAUUCCACAUUUAUCAUGUAGAUCCGAUAGCUACGGGCUUUCUCUUUAAUAUUUUCUUUACGUCUUUCAGAGUGUCGGUAUCAUUGUAUAUUAUUCCAGAAGAUGAUCGUGAUAAUAAAAAACACAGCUAUUUAUCAUGAUCGAAAGUACGAUAUCAAAUAAAUUCUGUUGCAGAAUUAUAAAGAUUAUCAACAGAAAUAUCGAUCAGAUAUAGCUAGACAUAAUUAAAGCUGCAUACAUUUCUUUAUCCUUGAAACUGAUAUCAUUCGCACAUAUAGAAAUCUUCAUACUUUCGAUGAUGUAACAGCAGAUGCUGAUUUGUUGUAGCAAUCAACAUUACGAUAUCGUACAGCUCUGCUAUCGUUAUUAAAAUUAUGAAAUUCUUCAAGAGAGACUUCGUACGUAUUAGAAUAUUAUCAAAAAAAUGUACUCUUGUUUCCUCUGUCAAUCUUUCGAAACAAAGUCAGACCUCGUUCGACGAUUCAAAAAUUUUCAUUUGUGCAACUGUAUCUGCAUUUCUGGUAAUUACUGUGUUGUGCAGUUACCGAGUAUAAAUAAAAAAUGUUUCCUAUCUGUGUAUCUAUGUGUAACGAAAA